GUUUUAGACGGCCGGAGCAAGUGAACUCAAGAAUAGCGGCAGAAGCCAUACGGACUAGCUGAAGAUCGGCACGUCGGCAAUUUGUUUACUAUUCCGAUCACUGGUCUAGGACAGCUCAAACCUCAGGCGAGUACUGUACAAGGGGAACUUGUUAUGAACAAAUUGAAGCAAGUCCACGCUUACACACUGAGAAAUGGCGCGGAUUUCACUCAAUACCUAAUCCUCGAGCUCCUUAAGCUAGGAAAUAUUCCAUAUGCCCGCAAACUGUUCGACCUUAUUCCCCAACCAACUCUCUUCCUCUACAAUAAGUUUAUUCAGGCUUAUACUGCACAUGGCCCUUAUGGUCACUGCAUAUAUCUUUACAACCAAAUGCGUCUUAAAGACUGUUCCCCAAAUGAGUACACCUUCACCUUCCUCUUCAAGGCAUGUCCUUCUCUUCCAUACCCAUCUCACGGCCAGAAGCUUCAUGGCCAUUUCCUUAAACUAGGUUUGGAAUUUGACAUCCAUGCUAUGACAGCUUUGGUUGACAUGUACGCUAAGAUGGGCAGGCUGGAGUCUGCUCAGUGUCUGUUUGAUGAAAUGCCAGUUAGAGAUGUUCCCACUUGGAAUUCACUCAUCACAGCCUAUGCUAGGUAUGGUGAUAUGGAGAAGGCGUCUAAGAUAUUCACAUCAAUGCCAACAAGGGAUGUGAAAUCAUGGACUGCCAUGGUUUCUGGAUAUUCUCAGUGUGGGAAGUACACGCAGGCACUUGAUGUGUUUCUGGAAAUGGAGAAUGUGAUCAACCCUACUGAAGUCACUAUAGGUAGUGUUCUUCCUGCUUGUGCAAAUCUAGGGGCUUUUGAAACUGGACAAAGGAUUGUUGAAUAUGCAAGAGCAUGUGGGUACUUCAAUAAUUUGUUUGUAUGCAAUUCCACCUUAGAAUUGUAUGCGAGAUGUGGUAAGAUUCAAAUGGCCAAGCAUGUGUUUGACGAGAUAGGUAGAAGGAGAGAUAUGUGUAGUUGGAACGUCAUGUUAAUGGGUUUAGCUAUUCAUGGUCAAUGCUACGAAGCACUUCAACUGUUCCAGAAAAUGCUGAGAGAAGCAAUUGCACCAGACGAUAUCACAUUUGUCGGGGUGCUUCUCGCUUGUACCCAUGGAGGCUUGGUGGUUAAGGGUCGGAAGAUCUUCAGCUCAAUGGAGAAGUACUAUUCAAUAACGCCAAAACUAGAGCAUUAUGGAUGCAUGGCUGAUCUAUUGGGCCGUGCAGGAGAAUUGCAUGAAGCAUACUAUCUAAUACAAACCAUGCCUAUGAAACCAGAUUCUGUAAUGUGGGGAGCUCUGCUUGGGGCAUGUAGCUUCUUCCAUGGAAAUGUUGAGCUGGCUGAAAUAGCAGCUGAGUCACUGUUUAAGCUCGAACCAAAUAAUCCAGGGAACUAUGUAACUCUUUCCAAUAUUUAUGCAUCUGCAGGCAAAUGGGAUGGAGUUGCGAAGAUGAGACGGCUUAUGAAGAAGGGACAUCAAAUGUCUAAGGCAGCUGGUUACAGUUUCUUUGAAGAAGGUGGUCAAAUCCAUAUGUUCAACGUACAGGAUAGAUCGCAUCCAAGAUCUUUGGAAAUCUACUCUUUGUUGGACCAACUUGUUUCGAAAAUGAAGCCUAGAUAUGGUGUAGACUAUAUUCAUGAAGAUGCAUUCAUGAUAGAAGAUGUUGUAUACUAAGAUAGGAAAGUAAGAUCUUAACCAGAUUAAGAGAAAAAGAAAAAGAGAUGGCAAUGUUUGAGCAUUAUCGUCAGUCUACUAUUGGAAUGUGUCUGACAGAGACAUUGGAUGUGAUGGUCUCGAAUGGGGUUCUCACUUCUCAGCCCAG